AAAAAACAGAUAGAGAAAGUGUGUCUCUUCCAGUAUUCACUUUUCUCCUUCACGAGACUUCAUAAUUAUUCCAUCAUCUCUCUCUCACAUACACUCUCCAUUUCGCCAUUAAUCAAAGUCCCACACCGAUUCCAGAAUAUUCCGAACGCCAUGUUUCAUCGACGUCCAGAUCCAGUUUUGAAGAGUAAACGUUGGAGGAGAGUUCCCUGUCUCCAUUUAUAGCACCUGGAAUUGACUUUGGAAUUCUUAUUCUGCAUGCUGGGUUUUGGAAUUUGGACUUUGUUUCGUCUUGCUUUUGUUAAGGAGAUAUAACUGAGCUUUUGCAUCUCAAGCUCCACAUUCUAGAUAUUCAUUCUAGCUUUCACAUUGCUGGCGUGAUCUCUUCCUUCUCGACGGGUUUGUAAACACGAGAAUUGAGUUGAUGGGGGGUAACAAUUCUAAGGAGGAUAAUAAUUGGAGGCAAAAUUCAUCUGUGCGUUCAAGUCCCUCUACUUCUUCUUGGGGUGCAUAUCCUGACCCCCACUCGGGUUACGGUCAGGGGGGCUACGCCUAUGAGCCUCAACAGCCGUCGUACCCUACACAGCAGAGCUAUUAUGCUCCACCACCUCCGCAGCAAAACUAUGGCUAUGAACCUCAGCCUCAUGAUAGUGGUAGAGUGGCCAGCCAUAGAAAUGAGAAGCGGUUGGACAGGAAGUACUCAAGAAUCGCAGAUAACUACAAUUCCAUAGAUGAGGUGACCGAGGCUCUUGCACGUGCAGGCCUUGAGUCGUCAAAUCUUAUUCUGGGUAUUGAUUUCACUAAGAGCAAUGAGUGGACAGGAAAGCAUUCAUUUAACAGAAAAAGUUUGCAUCACAUUGGGAAUGGUCCAAAUCCCUACGAACAAGCAAUAUCUAUUAUUGGAAAAACCUUGGCUGCAUUUGACGAGGAUAACUUGAUUCCUUGUUUUGGAUUUGGGGAUGCAUCAACACAUGAUCAGGAUGUCUUCAGUUUCUAUCCAGAUGAGCGAUUUUGCAAUGGAUUUGAAGAAGUGUUGGGUCGUUACAGGGAAAUUGUUCCUAAUAUCCGACUUGCAGGUCCUACCUCAUUUGCACCAGUUGUGGAAAUGGCCAUGACAAUUGUUGAGCAGAGUGGAGGCCAGUACCAUGUUUUGGUGAUAGUCGCAGAUGGCCAGGUAACAAGAAGUAUUGACACUGAACAUGGGAGGCUGAGUCCACAGGAGCAGAAGACUGUGGAUGCCAUUGUUGAGGCGAGUAAAUUUCCCCUUUCAAUCAUAUUGGUUGGAGUUGGAGAUGGUCCUUGGGACAUGAUGAAGGAGUUUGACGACAAUAUUCCAUCCAGGGCGUUCGAUAAUUUUCAGUUUGUGAAUUUCACAGAAAUUAUGUCAAAGAACAUUCCUCCUUCUCGAAAAGAGGCAGCGUUUGCUCUUGCAGCACUGAUGGAGAUUCCUUCUCAGUAUAAGGCAGCAAUAGAGCUUAAUCUGUUGGGUCGUCGAAAUGCCAAUGCUCCUCAGAGAGUUGCCCUCCCAACUCCUACAUAUGGUUCAGCGUCUUCAAAACCUUAUGGUUCCGCAGCAUCUUUUGGUGCUUCAAAACCUUAUGGUUCAGCAUCUUUUGACACCUCAAAACCUUCUCAUGCUACUAGCUUUGAGAAGAGCGCCCCUUCUUAUUAUGACAACAUCGAUGCAGUUGGCACAGCUCCUCCUGCCCCAAGUUCCACAUAUGACAAUCAGGUUUGCCCCAUAUGUCUGACCAAUCCGAAAGACAUGGCCUUUGGAUGUGGGCAUCAGACAUGCUGUGAGUGUGGACCAGAUCUUCAGACGUGUCCUAUCUGUAGGAGCCCCAUUAAUACCAGAAUUAAGCUUUACUAGGGUGAAGUAAUUUUGUGGUGUGAACAAAAAUUCUUUGAUUUUUUAAUGUUUCUGGUUGUAUACAACGUUAGAUCAUCUUUUGGUUUCUAUUGAAAAUGAUACAGUAAAAAAAAAAAUCCCAACCAAUUAAUUUUAUUUGGUUUGGAUUUGUAAAAGAAAAUUCGUGAAAUCCAAGCCGAACUACUCUAAAUUAAAAGCAGGUUGGUUCUGUUUGGUUCA